AUGAGGUCCACAUUCCGGUUGCUGGCCAACGUCAAGCCGGCUCGGUAUCUGGAGCCUUUUGCUCCCACCGGUAUCACCGGCCUUGUCACUCAUCCCAGUCCCCGCCCGACUUUAAUCUAUCUCUACACAACUACCCUGCAGAAAUUGAAGGCCUUCCCCGAGACUUCUGUCUACCGCCAGUCCACCGAGGCUUUGACCCGCCACCGCCUGCAAAUUGUUGAAUCUACGAAACCUCCUGGCUAUGAGGCUUGGUUGGAGCGCGUGAAGAAGGCCAUUGGUACUGAACCUGAGCGAUUCGCUUCUCUCCUUCGCCCAGAUGGAUCGUACGCGGCAGCUAUGCGCGGCGAUGGAAGCGACAAUCCUCGUGGUGAGGAGUGGGAUGGAGAAGCCCUCGAGCCGACUAGUGAAGGUCCUGCCCGUACUCCAGAGGAAGAAGCUCGGUGGCAUCAGGCUAUCGAAGAUUCCAUCAAGGCAGAGAAAGAGUCUGAUUUCCAAACUCAUGCUAUGAAGUGGGAGAACGAGCCCGCCUUGGAAGCAGAGCAGGUUGCCGAAAUCGAGAACCAGAUUGGCGCUGGCCUCCUUGAGGAGGUCAUCCAGGUCGCAGAGGGUGAGCUGAAGCUCGUUGAUGAGAUGUCCAAGUCCAAGGUUUGGGAGGAGCUAGAGGAAAAGCCCACCCCUGGCCAGUGGUCCUACUUUGAGCGCAAAGACUCUGCAUAA